UAGGUUUCCACCAAACUCUUUCUUUGAUUGCUUCAAUGGCGUCGUCGCUUCUGGACCCACCGGCGGCUAGCCACCGUCAGUCAAACCGUGUUUCUAAUCACCCGAAACUCCUUUUCGCCGCCACCGAUAGGUCAGAUCGGAGAGCCGUGCCUCGAUUCCUUGACGCACGAACCGUGUUGACGACGCUGACUCUCGUCUAGGUAUGUUAUUGUUUGCACGAGUGCCUUCUUGAAUCAUCAUGAAACCCUAAAUCUGAAUCUUCUGGAUCUGUUCGAUUUCCAAGAUAUCCCCAAGAUUGAGGGGAAUAUAUUCAAGCCUUAGCA